UCUGGUGAGGAGCGAUGGACCAGCCGCUCAACAGCCGACCCAUCAUCGGGGUGUUGGCAGAUGAAGCCAGUAAAGAGAGUCAGGCUACAAGGGGCUAUUCCUACAUCCCUGCUUGCUAUGUGAAAUUCCUGGAGGCAGCCGGGGCCAGAGUCGUACCGGUCAGAUUAAAUCUCUCAGAAGAAGAAUAUACUAAGAUAUUCAACUCAAUAAACGGGUUUGUGCUGCCGGGAGGAUCUUCCGAUCUGCUGGAGUCGCCCUACAGUCGAGCCGCCGGUAUAAUGUUCAACUUGGCUCUGAGGGCCAACGAUGCCUCAGACUACUUCCCCAUCUUGGGAUCUUGUCUUGGCUUCGAGAUGCUGACUGUCUUAACAGCGAAGGAACACCUGCUCUCGCUCACUGACACCAUGGCUGUGGCUCUGCCGCUCGACCUCACACCAAUGGCCCGUUCCAGCCGUCUGUUUCAGAGUUUCCCCAAAGAUGUGGUGAGGUCUCUGACCGAGGAAAACAUCUGCCCCCACUUCCACAAGUGGAGUCUGUCCGCCGAGAGCUUCAACGGGAAUUCCAGGCUACAGGAGUUUUACAAGGUCCUGUCGACGAACCACGAUGGGAAGCUAGAAUUCAUCUCCACUAUCGAAGCCUACCAGUAUCCAAUUUAUGGAUUACAGUGGCAUCCGGAGAAAACCCCCUUCGAGUGGAUCGACAAACCGGGGAUGAUUCACUCCACCGCUGCAAUAAGAGUCUCCUUCUACUCUGGCAGCUUCUUCGUCUCUGAAGCCAGGAAGAGCACCCAUCGUUUCCCGAGUCAGGAGGAGGAAGAGAGAGCGCUCAUCUACAACUACUCUCCCAUCUUCACUGGCAAUGGGUCCAUCUUCAUGCAGAUCUAUUACUUUGAUUGAUGCUGAACCCGUCACUGGAGGGAAAUCUCAAACCUGAUGGAGUCAGUGACAUUGAAACCUCCAAUGUAACAGCAACAAUUAGCAACUUUAGCUGAUUUGCUCAGUAUUAUGUGAAUGCUGUGAAAAAUAAAAGAAGAAGAAAGUGAAAUAAAAGGAUUCUGAGACAAAGAAGGAAAGAAGUUUGAAAAUCAGGUAAUGAAAAACUCAAAGAGCAGACGAAGACAAACCCCAAAAACCCAAAUACACAAAACUCAAACAAAAAGGAA